AUGUCCACGAGCUUCGGCGCAUUGGUAGUGUUCGGCUCUGGCCCGGGCGUUGGUCACGGUAUCGCAACGCUGUUUGCGGAGCGCGGAUUCGCUAAGAUCAUCAUCUUGUCCAGAGACGCCGAUCGCUUAGCGAAGGAAGCAGACAAGCUUCGGUCCCUGGGCAACGGUCCUGAGGUCAAGGACAUCGCAAUCGACCUAGGCAACCCAGAAAGUGUCGAAGUAAUACUCCAAAAGGUGCAGCAAAGUCUCGGAGACACUUUGCUCGAGUGCGUCUUGUACAAUGCUGCAAGGACGGGGAAGAGCCAUUUCUUUAAUUUUCCCUCCGAGAACCUGGAGAACGAUCUCAAGAUUGCCGUCAUCAGCCUCUACAAAGUGGCGCAGUGGGCCAUACCUCACAUGCUCCAGACAGCGACAACAUGUGCACGCAGUCCCGCCCUGCUGGUGACCAGCGGCCUGCUGGCGACACAGCCUGCGCCUGCCAUGUUCUCGCUUGCCGUUUGCAAGUCAGGCCAACGCAGUCUCGUCCAGUCUCUGCAUAAGGAAUUCGAGACUAAAGGGGUGCAUGUUGGCUUGAUCACCAUUGGCGGGAGCGUGUCGGACAGCUCCAAGGUCACGAACGCAAGGAACAUCGCGGAGGAGGCGUGGAAGAUGUUUGGAGCAGCUAAAGGGCAGGGUCAGUUUGAGGCGUUGAUGAUGGAUCCGGCAUAUUUGGAGCACCAGCACACUGCGGGGAGCCCAGCGACUGAUGGCGGCCUUGAUGUCAACCAUUCGAACAACUCCAAGCCACAAGACUCAGGAUGGGAGCCAUCUGUCGGUAGAGCAGUCGAGACAAGGCCCAAGGUCGACGUGUACGAGCUGACCAAGGGCCUCGUUCAAGACGUACUACAGAGACAACAUGGCUAUAGCUUCGAAUGUAUGCUGGUCGAGCCGCAUUCUUCGGUUCAUCAAACGACCCAGAGCUCUGCCCCAACUUCUAGAGCUACGAUCGAGCAACUAAACCUACCACUAAGUUUGUCCCACGUCAAGCAUUUGUUGGAGCAUUUCGACAAGAUCAUGGGCUGGCCCAAUCCUGGACUCGUCGACACUAGGGACCUACUGAUGACGGCUCGCGCCUACUUGGCGCUCAUGAUCGAUAUUUCAGCCGAAGGGCUAUCAACACUACUGAAAACGACACGUUUGCCGAUGGACUCCACGGCUUUGUUGUUUGCAGCUCUUGCGCUCGGCGCUGUGGCGAAGGGAGAUCUCAACCAAGGCAGAUUCUAUUUUGACACUUCUCUGGAGAUGGCCAAACUUUUCGUCAGUCAGCAGACGCUAGAUCUGUGCCUCGCGUACUAUCUGCAGCACUUACUCGCCCUCCGAUUUGGCACCUCAAGUUAUGCGCAGGGAAUCAUGGCUCAUGCAUUCCUAGUGGCCCAUCAUUUGGGAAUACAGCGCAAUUCGCACGGCAAUCCUGGCUUGAGACUCUUUCUCCUCAUCUAUAUGGCAGACCAGUACGGUUCGACCCAGCAGAACACCGAGCCUCUAAUUCGGGCAUCAAGUAUUGAUGUUCGCACUUUCGAGAACCUGGCCGAAGCCGAGCCUCACCUUCAGACGUUGAUUGAUCUGGUCACAAUAAAUGGAUAUGUCAUUGAACACUCUUAUCGAAACACUGUUCUUACCGACGAUGAGAUCAGGGCUCUUGAAGCAAGAAUUGGUGAGCUAUGCGCUCAUCGAAAACGUCCAUUACAGUCGGACAGUGGAACUUUCAAGUCAAACUACGACCUGAUUGCAUAUAUACACAUGAUGUGCUGCCGCCUGAAGCUACGGGUGCCUGGCCUCGCUACACAGUCAUCGAUUAUCGCCUCCAUCUCCACCUGUGUACACGCGGCACAAGGAGUGCUUGCAGGAUAUCACCAGCUCUAUCGACCAAUCUUGAAUGUGCUAUGUGGCGCACAUUCCAUGCAACAGAAAAGUCUCCCAGAGCAGCUUGCGACGCCCAACGCAGCAUCCCUUGCGGUGACCUGGAGACAGGUUCGGAGAAUAAUGACUUCUACCUUCGUCAUCAUCUUCGCAUAUCAACACGGCGAACUUCUCCACGAUGAUGCAUCACGGUUUGUGGCAAUGACGAGAUUGCUGCUUGAAUACCCCCGGUGGAGGUGGGGUGGCAAGCUUGACGAGCUCAUCCAGACACUGCAUGACAUUUCAAAUCUAGCGAACCUGGCAAUUGUGAAGCAACUGCGGGCUCUAUUGCCAGAGCAGAGUGAGCAAUUUCUCCAGCACCUGGCCGCCCGUCAACCUCUUCUACCGAGUGAGACCUCCAUCGUGGGUCAGAACGGACAAGACAUCCCUUCCAAUCACUGGUCUGCAACAUGUUGGCCUCCCAUAUACGACAUGCCGUUCGAGUACGACCUACCCGACUUCGGCAACGGCAUGCAAGCAGAAGAUGUACAGCAACUCUGGAGCAGCAUUUGGAAUCCUGCCGACGUCUUGUGA